GGUUUGGCGAAGCAAGGCUGCGCACACGCGAGCGCCACGAGCCUCCUUUGGUUCCAAAGAAAGGGGAGGAGGGAAGCAAGCGGUGCCAUCUGAGCUCGCUCGCGCUCUACCUCCACCAGCCUUUAUUUUUUUCUCCCCCUUUCACUUUUUUCCCCCCUUCCCACCCGCGCCUAAGGCCAGCAAAAGCCGCGAGCCCCGCCGCGCGCCUUUCCUCCUUCGUGCGGCCGCCCAAUGGCCAGCGGCAGCCCCGCCAAGAUGGACAGCAGCGCCAGCCAGCCGCCGCCUCCCCCGCCGUUCCUGCAGCCCGCCUGUUUCUUCGCGGCCGCGGCGGCCGCCGCCGCACUAGCCGCUUCGCAGAGCGCGCAGCAGCAGCAGCAGCAGCAGCAGAGCCCGGCUGCGGCGGGCAGCCAACACCACCAGUCCUCUCCAGGCGCCGCCAAAGCGCCUGUUGCGGCUGCGCCGAAGCAGCAGCAGCAGCAGCAGCAGGUUAAGCGGCAGCGCUCGUCGUCGCCGGAGUUGAUGCGCUGCAAAAGGCGCCUCAACUUCAGCGGCUUCGGCUACAGCCUCCCUCAGCAGCAGCCGGCGGCGGUGGCGCGGAGGAACGAGCGGGAGCGGAACCGCGUCAAGCUGGUCAACUUGGGCUUCGCCACGCUGCGCGAACACGUCCCUAACGGCGCCGCCAACAAGAAGAUGAGCAAAGUGGAGACGCUGCGCUCCGCCGUCGAAUACAUCCGAGCCCUGCAGCAGCUGCUCGACGAGCACGACGCCGUCAGCGCCGCCUUCCAGGCGGGCGUCCUCUCGCCCACCAUCUCCCCCAAUUACCCCAACGACAUGAACUCCAUGGCAGGCUCGCCUGUCUCCUCUUACUCCUCGGACGAAGGAUCCUACGAUCCCCUCAGCCCCGAAGAGCAGGAGCUUCUGGACUUCACCAACUGGUUCUGAGAGGCCCUGGCGGCCCUCUUGGCGCUGGCUUUGCAGCAGGACUUGCUGAAAAACUGUUGCAUCUGUUUUCUUCUUCCCAUUAUGGAAAGAAAAAAAGUUGAGGCAGUGAAGCACAGAAGGAGUUUGACUGCAUCUCCAAGAAACCGGAAGCACUCCCUGAUUCUACCUUUGCACUCCAGGCUGUUUGAAAAGACAUGCCGCCCAAUCCUAUGCAUGUUUACUUAGAAUUAUGGCCCAAUGAAUUCAACAGGACUUGUUCCUCCCAAAUACAUGUGCACAGGAUUGUGGCCUUAGGGACACUUACAUGCAUAGGAUCAGGCUGCACAAUGGGAUUAGAAGCAACAGGAGGCCCAGGAGCAUCUAUCUGCCUAUUCCCUACCCCAAAGGUUACACUGCCUGUUCUAUUUACAACUUCAACAAAGCAAUGAGCUUCCCUUCUGUUGAAAUAAAUACAGUAUUGUCCCUUUUAAAAGCCUGGUUCAUUCACUGCUUUAUGGACUCAAACUGCAGUGCAAUCCUAGGCAUGCUUAGUCAGAAGUAAGCCCCACAAAGUUCAUUGGGACUUAAUCCCUUGUAAAUGACCUUAGGAUUUCAGCUGUACAGACAGAUCCUAUAUAGGCUUACUGAAUUCAGUGAGACUUACUCUUAAAUGAGUGUGCAAAGGAUGCUCCUAUUGCCUAAUACUUGUGGAGAUUUUGAAAAUCAAAAGUAUGCUGUAUUCAAAGAAUCCUCUGAAGUGUUUCCUCCUAUGUCCACUUCCUACCAUUCCUAUCAUAAAAUGCUUCCAAUUUUUCUUGUGAACUUUUUUUAUUAUAUUAACAAAAACCUAUUUGUAUCAGUCCUGACCAAUUUUGGGGAUAUAUUAAGCUAUUUUUGUAUAUAAGAGAGAGAAAUUUAUAGACUUUUGUACAAAUGGUUUAAAAUGUGUAUAUCUCGAUAACUUUUUAAAAAGUAUGUAAUGCUUAUUACCUCUUCAUAUCUAGAUGCGUAGUCGAUAUGACCUUACAACUGCCAUGUUUUUGUUAUGUGGUUUUGUAAAGGACUUGGAAAUGCCUCCAGAUGUACUUUAGCACCAACGUGUCUUACUUUUUUUAUAGAAACUUUGCUAAUGUAUUAAUAAUGUUAUUAAACAACGUUCAAAGUGAACAAAGUUUAUGCAGCUAUUGUCCAAACGCAAAAUGGUAGCUAUUUAUUUUACAAGUUGCUGCCUUUUGAAGAAAAAGAGAAAAAACUUUUACCAUUGCCUUUUCAUGCUGUUUUAUUACAAACUUACAAAAGUCAUGUAUAACCAUGUUUUAUACAAACUAGUUUGGUAAUAAAACUUUGUUUCAAUUAAAACAAUGUCUUCCCAGUUCUGCAGCAUAUCUUGGCGCAUCCUUAAUGUUCUUUUCGCUCUUGCAAAACGGUUAGUGGGGGAUCCCUUCUGGGG